AUGGUAUCAGAGCAGAAGAUCUCAUACCUAAAAAUUUCGUUUGAUAUUUGUCCUUGUUCAGUAUGGCCGGAGAUGAUGAUGUUUCUCCGUCCAGGUUCCAGUGGAGCCCUCGCUGUCCCUUCUUCAGUUGAAUGGGAGAAUUACAACGAAUGGGCAUCAGAGUUGUACAAUGCUUUGCAGGCUAAACGCAAAACCGGUUUCAUUCAAGGUGUUCUUCCGAACCGGCGAGCGAUAGCCGAUUUGGAGAAUUGGUUGACUGCGAAUUCCAUGCUAGUUGGAUGGAUUCGUUCGUCGAUCGAACCAAAGGUCCGUUCUACCGUAUCGUACAUCUCCGACGCUUACCUCCUGUGGACUGAGCUGAAGGAGAGGUUUUCCGUGGGCAACAAGGUUCGUGUCCAUCAGAUUAAAGCUCAACUCGCUUCGUGCAGGCAAGAGGGGCAAACCGUUCUUGAGUAUUAUGGACGGCUUUCUACGUUGUGGGAAGAUUACAAUCGUAUCAACCAGUGA